AUGCAAGAUGAUAACGGAAACUUUACUAUUAAAUCUCGAGGACUUCCAUCAACUAUUGCACUUAAAAAUUUAUCUGGUUCAAAAGAUAUGCCGGAUAAUUAUUUGGACGAGAAUUCUGAUAAAAUAAUUGAAACAGUAUUAUCACCUACUUUUCAACAUUCACGAGCUUUAUAUACUAGUAAAUCACUCAACCAUAUUUCUCAACAACUUCAAAAUAUAGUCUCUACUGGCAUUUCAUCAUUACAUUUAGAUUCUAUUCCAAAUUCUGAUGAAGAAGAUUCGU